UGCCAUGGCUACAAGAAAAUAAAUGUGAAGUGUGCACAUCUGAAUUGUGAAGAAUGUGUUUUUGUUUAUAAACAACCUUAUUUAUUAUUUAUCACUAAUGUUCUAAUAUUUUGAUAUUGUUCUAAUAUUGUGAUUAUAAAAAAGGACAAAACAUACACCUUUUGGAUCUUGAAACUAUUGAAAUGGUUCGCUUGACAAUUGACUAUAUAAGGAAAACUGUUCAUAAACCUCAUGAGUCUUCCAAAAAUGCUGAUGAUUUCUUGAAAAAGAUAACACAUUUAAGUCUUCCUGAGAAAUCAAUUGAUUCAAUCGCAGACUUAUCCAGUGUGAAGAACUUAACUGUCUUGUACCUUCAUCACAAUAAUCUCCAAGUUAUAGAAAAUCUGUGUAGAAAUGAGUGUCUUACACAUCUGUAUCUUCAACACAAUCAAAUUAGUAAAAUGGAAAACUUGAACGGCAUCAAACAACUGAGGAAAUUGUACUUGGGUUACAACUGCAUCAGUGUUAUUGAAGGACUGGAUGCUGUAAGUGCUCUGGAAGAGCUGCAUGUUGAGAACCAGCAAUUGCUUCCUGGAGAAACCAUUUACUUUGAUCCUCGGACUGUCAAGAAUCUUUCGAAGUGCUUGCGGAUUUUGGAUAUAUCCAGCAAUAAUGUAGCUUCUAUAAGUGAUUUGAAAGAUCUCAAAGUGAUUGAAAAGCUGAAUGCAAAUAAUAACGCUCUCUGUGACUUGACAGCUGUCUGCGAAACCAUCUGUCAUUGGCCGAGAGUUGAACAGUUGGAUUUUCAGUCAAAUGAGAUCACACGAGAACCUAAAUACAAAGAUAAAAUAAUCGCUAGUACAAAGUAUUUGAGAUCUUUGGACACCAAGGACAUAAAUGAUAUAACCAGAUCCUUUAUCCACAGAUUUGAAUUAGUAAAAGAGGAAAGAAGAGAGAAAAUGCUUAAGGCUAGUGAUGUACAAACACCUUUCAGUGAUGAAAUUGCUAGCAUAGCAGAGCAUUUGCCCCCUGGUCUGAGGCAAGCGGUGUCAGCCAGUGUCAAGAAAGAGGCAAUACCAAGAGCGAAAAGCUUGACGUUGUCACUGAUGCAAGUCCCUGUACAUUCCCCAGGGUUCUUGUCUGACGACAGUGCCAUGGCCAACCAUGGUUUACAAGCACGUCCAUCAAGAAGAGUUUCCAAUGCCGAGAAUCUCACGAGGAGCAGACAGAAAGCAGAGAAAGACUGCCAGACCAGCCUGCUGCAGCUGGAGGAUGUUAUCACAACCACUUCAUCUACUCCCAAGCUUCAGAAAUAGGAAGAGUGGACUACAAUAUAGAAUAGUAUCUAUAAUAAAAACCAUUGCAUUCACGAAUAUCACAACUAGAAUGAUGAUUAGAUAUGAAGGUACAAAUAGCAGCUGCAUACUAAUUUACUGUGUGUUCAAAUCAAAAUAUCACAGAACAAUUUUUAAAUUAUGAGGAAAGUAAUGUAGAUAACUAUCUUGUUGAACAUUACAAAUCUUGAUAAUUAAAAAUUUUGAAUUCUUGAAAUUUUUUCUACCUUGAUACAAUAUGAUUUCUUUAUUUUUAUGUAAUACACUGCUGCAUUAAAAUCUACAUUUCUAAUUACAAUAUCAAUGAAUCUAUAACAGAUCUCUUGGAAAUUGUUAAGAGGUAUUAGAUUAAAUCUUCCAAUAUAAGGCUUAAUAGUAAAUAAAAUUACACUAAUUAAUCUUCAGGGGAUUUAAGAGUUGGAUUUUAACACGUUCACUGCGGCACGAGUCACUGGUGACUCGCAAUACAAAAGUUGAAAACCCUGCCGGAUUUCACCAAACGUAUAUUUGUGGAACAUAUUAUAUUUUUGACAGUUUUUAAAAAUAUCUGAUUGGUUAUUGGAGUGGAGAGAAGUAUAUUUUAUAACUAUUACAAUAAAGUGUUAUUGCCGCACUUUAACUAAAUUGCUUACACAGUUAUUUCUUUUGCGCAGUAUGAACCACCCGUGACACAGACUUGCACAGUUGUUUUCCUUGGUCACAUCGAUACGUUAUUAUAUCAGCAUCUAAAUUACAGGAGAGAUCUUUACAUUUGCAAUGUUUUGGAAGUUUAUUCAAUAUUGGUCUAAUUGAAUAAAACCAGUUUGGUUGGGAGUCAUGGUGGUUGAAAAGUAAACACCGUACAUAGUGGUGCUCCCUAAUAGAACACAUGGUAGUUCAGCCAGUUUCACAUAGACCGCUCUAGUGCUGAUACAUAAGGGCAUGAGACACCAAAGUAUACAAUGCACCUUUAUGAGUCACCAGUGAUUCGCGUUGCAAUACGAGAAAGAUAACCAAAUUUAACAAUGCAGCAAAUGUGAUAAACACAACACUGAGUUACAACAUACACAGCAGAAACAACAUUACAAUUUGUACCAUAAAGCAGAAAUUGUCACUGUUAUUUUUGGAAUCAAUAAAGUAAACUAUUUAAACCUAAA